GGCGGAGCGCGGCGAGGAAGCAGAGGGGCCGGAGUGUGAGGGGGAAACAAGUCGGCGGCGGCCGAAGGGAGUGUCUCGAGAGAUAUCUGUGUUGCAUAGCAAUAAGUGAUUUUUGCAGAGCUGCUCCAAUGACGGAACUAUCUGCACACUUACCUCAGUUCCAGCAUGGGCAGCUGACAGAAAACUUCCCUGACAGCCACCUGAGCAAUACUAAUGACAACAGUGAAAGACGGCGUCAUGAUAACAAUGACCGAAGGCGUAAUGAUAACCCUGAAUCGGAAACUAAUGGGCAGGCGCAGAACAGCACACGGCAAGUGGUGGAGCAGGAUGAAGAAGAAGAUGAGGAACUGACUUUGAAAUAUGGGGCAAAGCAUGUGAUUAUGCUCUUUGUUCCUGUCACACUUUGCAUGGUGGUAGUUGUUGCAACCAUCAAGUCAGUCAGCUUUUACACACGCAAAGAUGGGCAGCUUAUCUACACUCCCUUCACAGAAGAAACAGAUACAGUGGGACAAAGAGUUCUGAAUUCUGUUCUCAAUGCUGCCAUCAUGAUCAGUGUUAUUAUUGUCAUGACUAUACUCCUGGUGGUUCUUUACAAAUAUAGGUGCUAUAAGGUGAUCCAUGGCUGGCUUAUCAUUUCUUCUCUCUUGCUGCUUUUCUUUUUCUCAUUCAUUUACUUGGGUGAAGUUUUUAAAACUUAUAAUGUUGCCAUGGACUACAUAACCCUAGCGCUCCUGAUCUGGAACUUUGGUGUGGUGGGAAUGAUCUGCAUUCACUGGAAGGGCCCACUUAGGCUCCAGCAAGCAUAUCUUAUUAUGAUCAGUGCUCUCAUGGCCCUGGUAUUCAUUAAAUAUCUUCCUGAGUGGACUGCAUGGCUUAUCCUGGCUGUGAUUUCAGUAUACGAUCUGGUUGCUGUCCUGUGUCCUAAAGGUCCUCUCCGUAUGCUUGUUGAAACAGCUCAAGAGAGAAAUGAAACUCUUUUCCCAGCACUUAUCUACUCAUCAACAAUGAUAUGGCUAGUGAAUAUGGCUGAGGAAGACCCAGAAACCCAACGGAAAGCUUCCAAAAACUCCACUUACGAUAAACAAGCCCCAGCAAACCAGACUCAGAAUGAAGAGGCUGAAGUAGAAGACGGAGGAUUCAAUCAAGAAUGGCAGCAACAAAGAGAUAGUAGAAUAGGACCCAUUGAGUCUACUCCUGAAUCCCGAGCUGCUGUCCAAGCUCUUCCCAGUAACUCCCAAGCCAGUGAGGACCCAGAAGAAAGGGGAGUGAAGCUCGGUUUAGGAGACUUCAUUUUCUACAGUGUUUUGGUUGGCAAAGCCUCAGCAACAGCAAAUGGAGACUGGAACACAACUUUAGCAUGUUUUGUAGCCAUACUAAUUGGUCUGUGCCUUACUCUCCUGCUGCUUGCCAUCUUCAAGAAGGCCUUACCAGCUCUUCCAAUCUCCAUAACCUUUGGGCUUGUCUUCUACUUUGCCACAGACAACUUGGUGCAGCCCUUUAUGGACCAGCUAGCAUUCCACCAAUUUUACAUUUAGCACACUUGAAAUUUGGUAUUUCUGGAUAUUCUUAUUGACUGUAAUGGAUCUGGAAGAAGAGGAUUUUUCCUUGGUCCUCACAUGACAUGAAGUUCAGUGCUCCAAGAUUUCCUGAUGGUACCAUUAUAACUUUCUCCCAUGUUUUCCUGAGACAGCUGCUGCACUGGGCACCACAAGGUGGUUCUUCAUAAAAAUGGCUGCUUCUUAUGGAUCAGAAUUUGGUGCCAUUGUCAUAAGCUAUCUGAGUUAUGGACUGUAAUAAGGACUACCUGUGUAAAUGUUGCUAAUGCUUCCACCAGCAAUAUGACACCUGGGCACAGGUUGAUUUCUUUUAUUAUUUUUUUUAUUUUUUCAGCAUUAAGGGCACUCAGGACUGCCACACAGUCAAAUAAAGGAAUUUAAGAAAUCAAACAACUCUUUUCAAAUGGGUUACAUAGCAAAGUCACCUUAGCUUAAACCAUUUAAAGCAGUUACGUUAAAAGGUUUAGUCCUGGCCCAAUUUGGAUCCCUGGGAAAGGACUAGCUGUUGCAGCAAUGGGAGUAAGGAAGAAAGAUAUCUCUGCUGAAAAGAAUUCUACCAUGACAUAGCUUCUGUGCCUAAGUGUGCUUGGUCUUAGUAAGUUUUAUUUAAAGGGUUAUUUUCACACUGGAACUCUAGCGGCUAUACUUGGUUUACUAAUACUUGGCAUUCUCAAGCAUGGAGUACACAUACAGUACUACCGCUGCCAAUUUCUUAUGUAGCUACUGAGACUUGGACUGAAUAAUUUGGAACAAGUCAGUCAUGAAGUCCUAACUGGAUCCUUGAUUAUAAAAGGUUAUGGGAUUAAUACUCUAACAUUGCAAGGCAAUUUCUGGAUUUAUUUUUGUGUUUCUGUUAACAUUUUGGUACAAUAUCAGUGUAAAUCCUGCCUUUAGAUGGCCACUAGCCUGCAUUCUGUAAAGUUAUUUUGCCCCCUGCCAAAUUUGUCCAUGUACAAAAUAGGCAGGCACUUGCAGCAGCAUUACAGGACUUGAACCUCAGUUUUUCGGUAUAGAGGAUAGGGAACUAUUGCUAACAGCACUUCUGCCGUUCCCUUUAAACCUCUGUCUUCAAAAAUAUGUAGCUGAAACCAUCUUGUAUGCAGGAAACUUAAAUUGAAUGGCACUACAGUUCCUAAGUAGUGUACUGUUGACUUCACCAUUAUGUUAACCCUUAGUAUCAACCACUGUCUUAUUUCUGACUAAAACCUAAGGUUGAAUGUUGAUUUAUAUUAUGCAGUAUAUUAAUUGGACAAUAUUCAGUAGCUAAGUGAGACAUCACUUAGUGUUGUUGGGACCCUUUUUUCCAGUGAUGAUGCAAUGUGCAGAGUAGGAGAGAGGAGAAACCUGGAAAAGCUAAAGGGAGAAGAGAGCCAGAAAGGUGAAAGGAAGAUGGGUUGAGAAGGUGAUAAACUUUAAUCUCACCAUAACCUGUUUUGUUCAUUGUUUAAAAUCAUAACGUUUUGGUGUUUCUUUGAAUUAUCACUUCAAAUUGGGGUAUCUUAGAGGAAAUGAGAUGAGGGAGAAUGGUUUAUGUAGUCUAAAAGAAUGUUUUUGCUGCAGUUGAACUCCAACAUAGUGUGUAAUAAGUGGAGAGGUUUAACUCUUGACAGGCAUUCUGGUUUGAUAUUGGAGUCCUUUCUAAACUUACUUGCCUAUAAAUUAAACUGGUACAAAGAGGCACCACAUCAAAGCCUUAAAGCAAAGAUUUUUUUCUGUAAAAAAGGGUUUUGCUUCAGAGAAUGUGUUCGCUCAUAGGACUGAGACUUGUAUUUAUGGUUUUAGCCUGUUGUUUGAGUAUUGGAUAGCAUGAUUUUGGAUUUGCCUUGAAUACCAGGAAGCUUGUUGUCUUUAACUGUCUUAGGAAACAUUUGUGUAUUGUUCAGAGUGACCUACUAGCCACAGUAUUUUGGUAUCUGGAAAUUAGGGCAAUUACAUAAAAUAAGGUGCACUUGCCCUGCUCAUCUGAGAGUAUUUGCAUUCUAUUCAUUCACUGCGUUUGCCUGUUCAAUUCAUUAUAGAUGGCAUUAAUAAAGUAACCAUAUCAUCGGUACCUCAUUCUGACUCUCCAGGUCACACUUGCCUGUGUAUUUGUAAAGACUAGUUCACUGCUCCAGAUUUCACUUAAGGGAAUUUUAUUUUAAAUAUUUUUAAACAGCUGAAAAUCUUGUAUUAAUUUGCUUUGCUUUUAUUUGUUCCCCUCAUGAACUUUCAUCUCUGGGAAAUUCAACUGUGUGUUUUGUUGGGCAUCCUAUCCAAUUAUUCUCUCUAUUGAAAUGCAUUGCCAAAAGUUGGUACCACUAUCAUCUGUUUGCAUAUCUGAGCCAAGUCUCAGUUAAGAGCUGUUAGUAACAUGCAGAAGUUGUCUUUUGUUUCACGCAGUCUCUGUAGGAACUCUGACUCCUUUAGAGGUAGAUCUAGCAUCCAUCGAAAUAAGAACCUUUUUCACUUUA